AUGAACAUCAUUGGGUGCAAGUGGGUCUUCCGCACUAAGCGGACUGCAGAUGGCUUGGUCGAGCGCUACAAAGCUCGACUCGUAGCCAAAGGGUUCAAUCAGGUAGCUGGUAAAGAUUUUUUUGAUACCUUCAGCCCGGUUGUCAAACCAACCACGGUUCGUAUCCUUUUUUCUAUGGCUGUAACGAACAACUGGACAUUACGACAGCUGGAUGUUCAUAACGCCUUUCUAAACGGGCAUCUAGCUAAAACAGUAUAUAUGAAGCAGCCCCCAGGGUAUGAAGAUCUAGCACACCCAGGUCAUGUUUGUCUCUUACAGCGCUCUCUAUAUAGCCUUAAACAGGCUCCGAGGGCUUGGUUUAAACGGCUGCAUGACUACCUGAUUUCGGCUGGUUUUUCUUCAUCCAAGACCGAUGUCUCGUUUUUCUGCUGCACCUCGGUUAAGUCACAGGUUUAUCUGUUAGUGUAUGUUGAUGACAUAUUCAUGAUGGGAAGUGACGCUACCUUGGUCAACUCCUUACUCCAGCGUCUGGCCUCUACCUUCAAGAUUCGGGACCUCGGAAGACCAGGUUUUUUCUUGGGGAUUGAAACAGUACAGUCAGGCUCGGGCAUGGUUUUGUCACAGCGGCACUAUAUGAAUGACUUAUUAAAUCGCUCUGGGAUGUUGGAUUGCAAGCCACUAGCAACACCAGCUUCUGUGACACACGCUGUAUCUUCGUCAGAUCAACCGUUUGAUAAUCCGACACAGUAUCGGCGUAUAGUAGGGGCGCUACAGUAUCUCACUAUCACACGUCCUGAUCUUUCUUAUGCGGUAAACCGCCUCUGUCAGUUUAUGCAUUCACUCACUACGGAUCACUGGACUAUGGUCAAACGUGUGUUACGGUACAUCAAGGGAACUAUUGAUUAUGGGUUACGGCUAUCACCGUCCUCGACUACAGCAAUUCAUGCUUAUUCAGACUCGGAUUGGGCCGGUUGCCCAAUUGACAGGAAGAGUACAAGUGGGUUUGCUGUUUUUCUGGGGUCUAAUCUUGUUUCCUGGCUCUCUCGGAAGCAACACACAGUGGCCCGCUCCUCUACUGAAGCCGAGUAUAAAGCUCUAGCCGAUGUUGCAGCUGAAGUCACGUGGAUUGUAUCUCUACUCCGUGAGCUAUGGCUGCACUCUAGACAGCCGUCUACUUUGUGGUGUGAUAACUUGGGGGCUACAUAUCUGUGUGCCAAUCCGGUAUUCCAUGCUCAGACGAAACAUGUGGAGAUUGACUACCAUUUCGUUCGUGACAAGGUUUGA